ACCGAGGAUUUAACCAUCUACUAUAAUGACUCUAUAGACUCUGAUAACGCCACCGCGGCGCUCACGCUUCUUAAGGAGGUCGCUCAGCGUUGCCCGACUAAGCGUGGGGUUAGUAUGAGCGAGGAGGAGUUCGCUAAAUGCAAGAAACUCCUAAUCAUGUAUUUUCUAGAUAUAUAUAAAACAGACCGUGACGCUUCUAAGGCACUUCUAGGCUCCUGCCUUAAAGGGAAAAAGCUAUUGGAGCGAUAG